AUGGCUACCAUUUCACGUCAACCGUUUGCGCCUCUCGAUGGAGCGAGACUUCAGAACCUGACCAGCAUUAAGAAUAGACAGAAUGCUAUUUCUCCCGUUUCUGGUGGCAAGCGCAAAGCCUCCGAUGUAGACUCCGACGAUUUCGAGAAUGUCGACCCUGUUGUCUCUAAGCGAGCAAAGGGCCUCGACAGUUUCUACCCUUCCAAGGACUCUAUCAAGCCUUCCUCAUUCGUCCUCACCAAAGCCGCACCCCUUGCCGAUAGCCCCUCUUUCACGAACACCAAGCCGACUCUUCCUCGACCUCGCAGUCUUCUCCAGCCCAAGUCGCCCGCCGCCAAGAUCAACACCGGCAUCGCCAAGUCAUCCCCGCUCUCCGCUCCUGCCGGUCGCUCACCGACCCGCGGUAAGCGCUCCGGCCUUCUCUCCAGCCGUCGUCGCACUGCCGGCCCCUACACUCGUGUAGAUCCUCCCUUGUUCAACCUCUCUUCCGCUGCCGCCCCAUUCAGUCUUGAUGCCGCCCUCAAGGGUACCAUCACCAGCUAUGCAGCCCGUUCGUCUGUCGCCUCAUCUUCGCGUAGUGCAGUCAAGGAACUGCAUGAGCCUGAGAUGAAGGCCUCAUGGUUCUUCGACAUUCACGAGGACACUCCUGAGCAGGAGAUGACCAACAUGCUGCAGCACGGCACCUGUGUUCUUGACAUCAGCUCCGACGAGGAGAGUGAGCGCAAGCGCAGCCUGGACCGCGCAGAAGGCCGCGAUAAAGAGAACGUGCCGCCAGUUGAUGACGUCAGCCAGACUUCCACCAGAAGGUCUACGCGCCGUGCAAGCGAGGACGACAUGAUCUUUGAGAAGGAGAGGACAGCUCUAGGCGAAAUGGACGCCAGUGAGUUCUACGCUCUGGGCUGCGAUGAGUCGUCAGUCAUUAUCGUGCCUGGUGACGAGGAGGAGGAGGGAGAGUCUUCCGCUCCGGCUGAGAUCCCCGAAGCGAAUGAUAUCCCGCCAGAAGUCAAGGUUGAGGCUCCUGAACCUAUCUCUGAAUCCAAGGAUGUGGACGAUCUCAUGGGUAAAUCUACCGAGCCAGCAGCUAAGGCGGCUGUCUUGAAGCCCAUAGAAGGCACGGGCGAAAGCUUCGAGCUUUGGGAGAGCGGGAGCGCAAAAGACGACGCAGAAGUUGUGGCUGCCGUGGAGUGCUGA